AUGGCUGAGGUGGGAAAAGUCUUGGCUAGUGACAAUUCAAGCGAGACUAAAGCACCUGAUGUUGUUGCUUCCUCGGAUAAAACGGAGGCUACACCAUUGGCUACUGUUACUAGAACUGAAACUGAGCAAUGUUCAGGCGAGAUUGGGGAAUCAACAGACAGCAAGAAGUCACUACAGCUCGUUCCCUUUACCCCAUCUUCAAUGUCUGAAGAAGUAGCUGUUGCUACAGAGAAAGCACCAAAGAUUCCUGAAAGUGGUACUGUCUUAUCCUUGACGCAGUCUGGUUCGGAAGGGAGUAGCCCAUUUAUCCGGGAGAAAGUUAUGGAAGACGGAUACAACUGGAGGAAGUAUGGACAAAAACUUGUUAAAGGGAAUGAGUUUGUGAGGAGCUAUUACAGGUGCACGCACCCAAACUGCAAAGCCAAGAAGCAAUUGGAACGGUCUCCGGGUGGACAGGUCGUGGAUACAGUUUACUUUGGUGAGCAUGAUCAUCCAAAGCCUCUUGCUGGUUCUGCUGUUCCUAUCCAUCAAGAUAGGCGAAGUGAUGUAUUAACGGCUGUUAGUAAAGAGAAAUCAUCUGGAUCUAGUAGUGUUCAGACACAACGACAAAUGGAGCCACCAAAGGUCCAUGGAGGAUUACAUCUCUCUGUUGUUCCAGUGUCCGAUGAUGUGAAAACUGCUGUUUCACCAUCAAGUAGGAUAAAGAGCGACAAGGAUAACAUUAGUCCUGCCUCAAAGCGAAGGAAGAAAGGAGGUAACAUCGAGCACAUUCCAAUGGAGAGACCAAACAAUGAAUCACGCAAUGUGGUUCACACUCAGACUCUGUUUGAUAUUGUGAAUGAUGGGUACAGAUGGCGUAAAUAUGGUCAGAAGUCUGUGAAAGGCAGUCCAUAUCCAAGGAGCUACUAUAGAUGUUCAAGUUCUGGAUGCCCGGUCAAGAAACACGUAGAGAGAUCAUCUCAUGACACGAAGAUGCUUAUAAUGACGUACGAGGGAAGUCACGACCACGAUAUGCCACCAGGAAGGAUUGUCACUCAUAACAACACGCUGGACUCUGAAGUUGAUGACAAAGAACCGAGUGCUAAAGACACACAAGUCAAUAAAACUCCUCAGAGCUCAGCUCCUGAGACCAUUACCAAAGAAGAGCGCGUUGAACAUCACUCAAAAAAGAAAGCCAAGACUAAUGGCCUUGAGAAAAGUCUUGUCUUGGAUGCGAAGCCCAAGGAGGAAACAAAGGACAGCUCUGAUGCAACCAAAACAAAGUCAGAUGAUAAAACAUCAAGAACUAUGGAGAGUGAGGAACAGAAACCCAAAGCAGAGUCUGGCCAAAGCUAA